UCAUAUUGACUUGUUUCGGGCUGAAAAAGGUUCAGACGUAAAUAUCAUAUAUGAAAGUGAAAAGAAAAGAUAUUCUGAGAAAAAAUGGGCGGAUGAAGUUAUAGAGUUCGACCGGGAGUGGAGGAAAGCUGAUUACCAGGAAUCUGAACUAAGGAAGACGUUAAAUAUGGUUAAUUCCAAGUGCAUUAAAGCAAAAAUGCUUGAACUUAAAAGUAAAAGCGUUGAUUUAUCAACUCUACCUCAGACUCUUCCAACGGAAUUUUUGCUUGAAGAUUUGACUCGUGUUUCUCUUGAUCAGUUGCAAAAACUUUCAGUACACCAUUGUGUUGAGUUUAAAAAACUUCUGGAAAAGGCAAUUGCAACUUCCAAUGAACUAAAAAUUAGUCUCGAUGCGAAAAGGCAAGAAGCCUUAAGAAAGAUUGGGAACAUCGUUCAUCAUUCAGUUCCUGUGCACGAUGACGAAUCUUAUAACGAAGUUAUCCGGACUUUUGGGGAUUGCACCGCAACAAAAAAGUAUUCUCAUCGCGAUCUCAUUGUUAUGAUCGACGGUGUAGAUCUAGCUCGGGGGUCCGUCGUAGCGGGCAGUCGGGGUUACUAUUUGAAAGGCAUUUUAAUAUAAUCUUAGCCACGUGUUCCUGCUGUUCUAUUGGUUUUCCGCGCAGGGCCCGCCGUCCUGCUGGAAAUGGCUAUUCUUCAUUAUGGCUUGCGCUUCCUUUGCGACAAAAAGUACGUGCCCUUGUCUCCACCGCUUAUGAUGAAUCAAGAGAUCAUGCAGGAAGUUGCUCAGCUUAGCCAGUUUGCUGAAGAGUUGUACCACGUGUCUGGUUCCGGCGACGCGUACUUGAUUGCGACUUCUGAGCAGCCAAUAGCUGCGCUUCAUCGAGGAGAAAGUUUUUCGGAAAAGGAUCUGAAGGAGCCACUUCGGUAUGUCGGCAUCAGCAAUUGUUUUCGCAAGGAGGCUGGCUCUCACGGAAGAGACACUGCCGGCAUUUUUCGCGUGCAUCAGUUUCAGAAAAUAGAACAGUUUGUAAUAACUUCCCCCAAAGAUGAUCAUUCCUGGACUGAAAUGGAAAAUAUGAUAAGCAACGCAGAAGAGUUUUUUCAAAGCUUGGAAAUUCCUUACCGCGUGGUCAACAUGGUCUCCGGCGAACUUAAUCUUGCGGCAGCGAAGAAGUAUGACCUCGAGGGCUGGUUUCCAGGCUCCAGGGCUUAUAGGGAAUUGGUUUCCUGCUCAAACUGCACAGACUAUCAAAGUAGACGGCUUCGGAUUAAGUAUUGCUCCUUGGCGCCUUCUCUUCGAUUCGAUAAGGCCGAUCACGUUCACAUGCUGAAUAGCACACUUUGCGCUUCAACACGAACUAUUUGUGCUAUUUUGGAAUGCCAUCAGACUGAAACAGGGAUAAAGGUUCCCAAGGUUCUAUAUCCAUUCCUGCCCUCUCAGUAUCAUGGGGAAAUUGCUUUUGUAAAGCCGGCGCCUAUUGAUUUUGAAAAUAAGGCUUAA